CAAAUACCUUUUCGGCUCUCUGACAGCUAACUUCAGCCCAUUGCUUUGUCACAGGUUUCUAUUAAGAUGAGGAAUCUUCUUGUGGGGGUUUUUCUCGGACUUCUUGCUGUUGUCCACUCAACACCUGUCCAUACUACGACUCAGAUCCCAGUCAAAGCUGAAAAUGAAGUUAUCAGAGAGGCUUUGACGGACGAAUACAUCAUCGAACAGUCUUUACUCCCAACAUUGACAACUAAAUCGCCCAAAAGAAACACUACCGUUCAACAGAUAACUGACACCACUCAGGAAAGUGCUAAAGGGGCGUCCAUGGAUCACAUAUCUACAUCCACCAUCUUGCCAGAGGACACUCAAGACAACAUUUCAGAUUCAACCACUACCCCAAACCGUCAGCUUAGCUUUACCUCUUCAGAAGAGCCAAAUGAAGCCAAGUCAGGCGUCACGGCCACCCACAUCACAGUCCCUCAAACUACUGACCUUACGACUGCCUUCGACAUUGCCUUCCGGUCCACCCUGAGUUCUGAAUCAGGCUCUGGAGAUGGAGAGAUGUUUACCCAGCAGCCUACUACAACCCCCAGUAUGACGUCAGGCUCUGGAGAUGGAGAUGGGGAGAUGUUUACCCAGUACCCGACUACAACCCCCAGUAUGACGUCAGGCUCUGGAGAUGGAGAUGGGGAGAUGUUUACCCAGUACCCUACUACAACCUCCAGUAUGACCUCAGGCUCUGGAGAUGGAGAUGGGGAGAUGUUUACCCAGUACCCUACUACAACCUCCAGUAUGACCUCAGGCUCUGGAGAUGGAGAUGGGGAGAUGUUUACCCAGUACCCGACUACAACCUCCAGUAUGACCUCAGGCUCUGGAGAUGGAGAUGGGGAGAUGUUUACCCAGUACCCUACUACAACCUCCAGUAUGACCUCAGGCUCUGGAGAUGGAGAUGGGGAGAUGUUUACCCAGUAUCCGACUACAACCUCCAGUAUGACCUCAGGCUCUGGAGAUGGAGAGAUGUUUACCCAGGUCCUUACUACAACCAGUUCACCAUCAACCUCCAUGGCUGGUUUUAUCGCACCAAGAAUGUUUGCAGGAAGCGAAGGAUCAGGUGAAGGAUCAGGAUCAGAUAUUGAGAACAGCGGUAUAGUGCUAAUCAAUGAGACACCUUCGAAGCAAGAACCUUUGAGAAAUAGCGAAAAUAAUCAGAUAGGCCUACUGGACGAUCCUGCCACUAACAUAGGACACAGCACACCAGGUUGGAUCAUCAUCGUUGGUUUUAUUGUGGGCCUUGCAGCAUUGAUAGUGCUAUUUGUUGCCAUCGCUACCAGAGACAAGUGGAAUGCACCAAGCCAGGCAUCCGAGACCAAGAGUAGCUCCUCCAACCAGCAGAAGGAGAUAGAGAUGAAAACGUUCCUGCACAAAGAUAAUCCCAGGGAGAAUGGAACGGCGGGAGAGUACACGGUCAUCCCCCUGGAGGAGCUUCCAGAACCUUCCUCACACUGAGGUUCAGACACAGACUCUCCGGAGGCUUCAGACUAAUCACAGAAACACAAGUCAGAGUUUGAAACAGAACGCUUUGAUCAGAGCAACAAAAGGGGCGGGGCUGUGUAGCACAAACGGUUCCUGUAAACUUCUCAGCUCUGAUCCUAGUCCGGACCCCGAAACAUAAUGUGGCUUUUCCUGUCAACUUUCAUAAACUCUUAUUUACUUUUAAACUACAGCAAUAUUCAUGUUGAUGCUUUUAUUGCCAUUGUAUUAUCCGGAAAGAAAUGCUGUUAGAUGUUUUAUUGUUUGUUUUUUGAAUGUUUUUUUAACUGGCAAUGAUUCUGUGAAAAUCUCUUUUUUGCAAUAACAUUAUCGGUGUUGUGGAUUGUAACUUAUUUUAAGCUGUUGUGUUGUUUCCCCAACCUUUAUUAAAAAACCUCUGAUUCCUGAACAGAGCCCGA